GUAAAAUAGUAAGCCAUUGGAGACUCACUUUUUAUCACUAUUGGUAAAUUAUAAUUUUGACAAAUAUUUUAAAAGCUCCAUUAGAUAUGCUCUUACUUGGCCCUUUUUAAAUUUAUUUAAAUUUUAUCUCAUAAACUCAUAAACAAUUAAAACAUAUUUUUUAAAAAAAUUAUAAAUAAUUUCAAAACGUCAACACCAAACAUGACUUGAUUCUUCUCUCCUGAGGCCAACUGGGGUGGUUAUUUAUGGGGAGAUAGCAACUUUUUUUGGUUUGCUUUACAAUGUUUCACUUCUAUAAACACACAAGAACGAUCUGUGCCCCUGUUACUCUCUCUCUCUCUCUCUCUCUCUCUCACUAUUCCCCAAAAUGGACUUGAUAAAGACUUAUUUUCCAGUAGCCAAAAAUUUAAUCAACUCCAUUUGGUAGCUCAAAAUGGCGUGGGGGCGAAAGGCUCGAAUUUCUUUGUACACCCACCCUUUUCUUUGUACACAGGUCAUUUCUUUGUAAUUUUUUUUUUUUUUCAUCAUCAACAAAAGCUAAUCAUUUGGGCAAAGAAAAUUAACUAUUGAAGAUGGUUGAAGAUGUUUUUGUCAGAAGAUCUUCAAACAAGCUAAUCGUUUUGGGCUAAUUUUUGGGCUAAUCGUCAAAAGAUUAUCAUCAUCCCUUUGAAGAUCUUCAAACAAGAAUACGGUGAGAGCUUUGUUUCCGUUGGUCGGCAUCAUCUUCCCCAGAGACCAUUGUUGUUCUUCGCACUGUAAUUGGACAUUUCAAGUUGGUGGCUUCCUGCGGUGGCAUUGCUGUGUUCAAGCCCCUGGGUGAAGGUAUGGAUGGGGGAAUUUUGCUGGUUUGUUCGUAUGGUUUAGUUAAUGUUCUUAUUCGGUUGAAUCACGAUUCGUCGUAUGUGAAGAUUGUUGAUGAAAUUUGUGGGAAGUUCGAUGGAUUGGUACCAGGUGCGGUGUGUUUGUUUUUUGAUUUUCCCGGAUAUAAGAAGUUUAAGGUGGAUAGCGACGACGACAUUCAAAACAUGUUGUGCCUUGCUAAGUCGUUCGGGAUAAAUCACAUUGAGGUCGUCAUUCAGGAAAGUAGUGUUGGUGUGGGUGGUAAUCGUGUCGUGUUGGAUUUCGCGGACGAUGGGGGAAUGUCACGGCAUGUUAGCGGGAAUGAGUUCGUGGAUGACCAGAUGGAUUUGUUACCAAUGUACUGUCCGAACAAAUCGAAGACGUUUCUGUCGGCGCAAUGGGCGCAUGGUAUUACCCAUGUGGGACAAUGUUUUGAUGGUGGAGCAACUGAAUUCCGCGAAGUUCUGUGUAAGUAUGCUGUUGAACGUGGAUUUCAAUUUAAGUAUGUUAAAAAUGACUCCGUGCGAAUUACGGUAGUGUGUAAGUUUGCGGCUUCAACAGAUUGUCCGUGGUCAGUUCAUGCGAGGAUGUUACCGUCAAGUGGGGUGUUAUGUGUUAAGAGGUUUGAUAGUGUGCAUACUUGUGGGGCUGCUGUACGUACUUCUAGGAACCCUCGUACGGGGUCUGAUUUGGUGUCUACAGUUGUUGCAGAUCGACUGCGUGAUAAGCCAUUGACGCGCCCCACUGAUGUCGUGUUUGAUUUGAAGAACGAUUAUGGUUUGGAUAUUAGCUACCGGGUGGCAUGGUUGGGUGUUGAGAAAGCUAGGGGCGAGGUGUACGGGGAUCACGCUACGUCCUUUGAUCAGCUGAGGUGGUAUAGCAAUUCUGUUAUGCAAAAAAACCCAAAUAGUUACAUUAAUCUUGAGUUUGACCCAAAAACCGGGAGCUUUGUUAGGUAUUUCAUAUCAUUUCGCGCUUGUAUAGAUGGGUUCAAACACUGCCGGCCUAUGCUUUUUUUGGAUGGAACGUUUUUGAAAGGUAGAUUUAAAGGGAAUUUGCUCGCAGCUACUGCUAAAGACGCCAAUCAAGGAUUGUUUCCGGUAGCCUUUGCUAUUGUUGAUUCCGAGAAUUCAGCUAAUUGGGAAUGGUUCCUUCAUAAUUUGAAAGAAGUUGUUGGGGGUGGGCGAACAUUGACUUUCAUAUCUGACCGCCAUGUCGGAUUAUUACACUCUAUGCCCAUUAUUUUCCCUUCAGCCCAUCAUGCAUAUUGUUUGUUGCAUCUGCAAAUGAACUUGCGGGAUCGAAUGAAAUAUGUUAAUGCAUCGCACAAAAUUGGGUUGAUGCGAAAGUUACGGGAAUGUGCAUAUGCGCCCACUGUUGCUUGUUUCAAUGAGAAAUUGGAGGAAUUGAAGAAGGCCAACCCAGCUGUGAUUGAAGAUUUUAUGAAAGACCUGCACCCCAAACACUGGUCUAAUGCGUAUUUCAGGGGCCAACGGUAUGGGGAUAUGUGCUCAAAUGCUGCGGAAUCUUUCAACAAUUGGGUUGGUGAGGCUCGUCAUCUCCCCGUCACGAGAUUGGUCGAUAUGAUAAGGGGUCAAAUAAUGGAGCAGAUGUCGGAGCGCAGAGUUAAAUGCAGUAAAUGGGACGGUGUUAUAGCUCCGAAAAUGGAGAAAAAAUUGGUGGCAGCGUAUAACGACAGCAGGGCUUGGUGUGUUAGCCAGGCUAAUGAUGAUGUCUAUGAGGUCCACUCCCACCCAUCGGUGUUGGUUGAUGUCGGCAAGCUGACAUGUUCUUGUUUUCAGUGGCAGAUCAACGGGUUCCCAUGUUCCCAUGCUGUGGUUGCAUUCCGUAAUAGUGGAAGAAACAUCUACGAUGCCAUAGACUCCGCAUUUUGUAUUGAUACAUUUCGAGCUACUUAUAGCGGAACCAUAUACCCCAUCCCAACAGUGGGGAGGCCACUGUUUAACCCACCUGAAUGUUUGAUAGCUCCGCCGACGGCCAAGCGUCCCCCCGGUCGGCCAAAACGGAAGAGAAUUCCGUCCAAGGGGGAGGUAGUGCAACGUAUACGUUGUGGUCGUUGCGGAAAAGUGGGCAAUCACAAUAGGAAGACAUGCAAAGAGCCAUUACAGUUGGGCUGCCAUAUGAUUUAAUUUGGUUGUUAACAAACUGGGUUAUUUUGUUUUUUUUUUUAAAUUUCCUUUUUUUUUUACAUCAGUCAUUCACUUUCUGUUAUUGGUUUAAUUUGUUUUGUAGGAUAUACAUUUUAACGUAAUCAUCAACCAUUUCAUUUCCCAUGUUUGAACAAUUACACUCCACCUUUAAGACCCAACCAUUUUAGUGUGAAAUAUGUUCUGCUUAACACUGUGCAGCCAUGAAAGUAGCCAGUGGUUGUUAUUUUUCAAAUCUGUUUUGAAUGACAUUGUGUACACACGA